AUGCAUUGCAAGAAUUCAUUGUUGAACUUAGCAAUCCUUACCACUUUGACUAUCGCCAAGGGCCAGACAGAUUAUCAACCAUGCCCUCUGCUCCGAGCAUACUACCCAGCACCCAAUCUGGACAAAUCCUCUGAUGCAGUCCAAAACUUUGCACAAGAAUUUACGAGUGUAUUCGACAGUCUAAUCGAGUCCAGCGGUAGCGAUGAUUUUGGCGCCAUCACGCCCAACACAACCUCAUUCUCAGUAGUGCUGUUCUCGGGGAGCGACUCUGCUGGAGAUGACCCCAUCAUAUUCGAGUAUCACCAUACAGCAACACGCUUGGAGACGGCAGAAAUUGUCACUGCACAGACAGUGUUUCCCAUUGGCACGCUCACACAGCUAUUUACUGUCUAUGCUUGGCUCGUCGUGACAGCUGAUGGAUCUUGGGCCUCACCAAUCACCGAGUUUCUCCCUGAACUCAAGCAAAAGUCUCCGAGCACUUCUGGAUAUGACAUUGACCUCGUAGUCGACUGGGAAUCGAUCACUGUUGGAAGUCUUGCAUCCCACAUGUCAGGCCUUGUACGAAACUCGGACGCCUGCAAUUUGGUGGAAGCUUGCGAUAAGCAGGCAUUUGUGGAAGCAAUUUCCGUCCAAGUACCAUAUUUCCUCGCCGACACCACGCCAAUCAUCUCAAACGCUGCGUUCCAACUCCUGGCUUAUGCCAUUGAGACUCGUUCCGGACAAUUGUUUUCAGAUUACCUUGCAAAAUCGAUACUCGAACCUUCAAACAUGACCCAAAGCGGACUUCUCAGAGCAGACACACAGGUGUUUGGCGAUAGCCUCAAUUUCACGGCCACCGGCGAGCAAGCUGCCCUGUCGCUCUAUACAAGCACAUCGGACCUGGCCAGGGCUGGACACGCGAUGUUGUCCUCACUCCUGGUGACCCCAGACCAGACCCGCCGUUGGCUACAACCCGUGUCCGACACAUCAAACCUGCGUAAUGGCGUAGGUCGGCCAUGGGAGAUCUAUCACGCAGGCAAGUAUGCAAACUCUUCGAUACUCGACGUGUACACCAAGACGGGCACCCUCAGGCGCUACAGCAGCUACUUUGGACUGGCCCCCGACUUUGACGCCGGGUUUGCGAUCUUGGCUCAUGAUAUUGAUGGCAACCCGGACCUCAACGUCUACGCCGACGUCGUUUCCCUCGCUUUACUGACGCUUGCGGAACUGGCUUCCAAGGAGGCGGCGGCCAUGUUUGCGGGAGAGUACGCUGCCAGCAAUGGGAGCAGCUAUGCGGUGCUCAAUGUUACGGAUGAGGGACCCGGUCUUGUGGUCUCGCAGUUUGUGGUCAACGGAUCGGAUAUCAGAAGCGAGGCGGCCGUUAGGACUGGGAUCGAGAUUGAGAAUUUGGAUAUGCGGCUGUACCCUAGCAACGUGGUCAGCGGAAGCUUACGUCAAUUUGUUGCGGUGUUCCAGGAUAGAAGUGCGCUUGUCGAUAUGGGAACGCCAACUUGUAUUACGUGGAUGGACGUUGGGACACUUCAGGGCAUUCCUACGAGGUACAUAAUCGAGGUUGAUGACAGUGAGGUGGCAGUAGGCUUGCGGAUACCUGACAGGCAAAUUCGAUUGGAGAAGAGCUGA